AAAAAGGCGCGUCAGGGAUUCCAAGCGUGACGACGAUUCUGCGGCGGGACCGAUCUGAACUGCGGUCACAUUUUUCGAAAGACUCUUCAGGGGAGCCCGCAUAGCAGAAGAGGCAUGUCUUGCCAACAGUUUGUUCGAAGGUUAUGUUGGCGUUUGUAAGGUUAUGGUUAGCUGAGUGUGUCGUUGUCUAUCGGAUCUGCUGAUUCGUCGUCGGUAGAAGACCAAAAGCCGGGGUGUUUUCCCGAGACGUGCGAGCCAGAGGAGAAGAGAAAGCGUACUUUCGUAUGAGGGUUUAAGGGCAAUACCAUAAGAGAGGCGCAAACUCGACGGUGUGGUUGGUGGCAGAGAUGGGGAACGCAGGAGAACUGGCGAUAGCUGCUUUUGUCUGGACCUUAGCCCUUUCGUUGGUAUCCGAAGUCGAUGGGGGCAAGAAGGGAGUGACACUCCUGGAUUGCAUCAGGCAAGAAAUUCCGGCAACGGUCUCGCCUAAAUUCCAGGAGUGUGUUGACAACGUUACAGUCGGCAGUUUUUACAAAUUCUUAACGGGCCUGCAGUGUAUACUGAGGCUGGCGAAUGCAAUCAAACCGGAUCGCUUUGUCGAUACGGCGCUGCUCUUCUCAGCAGUGGGCGACUUCAAGGGUACCCGGUUCGAACUUGCAGUCGACAAAUGUGCGAAGCCCCCAAUGGUGGCUAUGAAGUUCACCACUUGUCUCUUCAGCCGCUUUCAAGAAAUAUGCAAAACUCGUGUCAGGAUGCCUGGUUGACUCUCACAGGACGGACUAACUUCGGGGAGGCGCCAGUGGCAAGAUGUGCCUCGCAGGUUUCAUCAAGGGAUGAAGGCAUCACGAAUUAAUAUUUUAAAAUGGAGGUUUUAGACCUAUUGUUAAACUAUACGUAAUAUUCAUUAAUGAGCGUACUACUGAGGAAAGUAUUAUUAGCGUUACUCUGUGCAUAUAUACACUCAUGUGGAUAGCAUUCAUUGUUUAGAAGUACUUAGUACAUAUCUAUAUAAUGAGGGCUGCUAGUAUUUACAAUGCACGAAAAUAGUUGGUGUCGUAAUAUUGUAUUGAUUAAUGUACGUUAAAUGAAGUGGUACGUAUAGGGACACGUUGACAGUGUGAGGCCCUCUAUGUGCAAACUAAGUCAGCCAAAUCUACACUAAAUAUAAUAUCGAAUGCGCACAUCAACUAUACCAAUACUGAAUAAGCCACGCGGGAAGCCAAACGUACACAAAUACAGAUAUACAAAUGUGGGAAUAUCUUGCGGGUGGGUACAGUGGGACAUGUGUACAGAGUGAGUUAUGCAAUGUGGUGUGAUUACACGUUCAUCGACGAACAGCGCGGCCAUGUGAGAAGGUGAGCAUCAAGUAGAAACCUAACAUUCAAUGUUGCGAUUACGAAAUCGUUAGCGCAGUCUUUGAACAUUCGUGAAAACGAGAGAGGCUCAUGUCGGAAGCUAAGGAUUUUCAUCCAGCUGUUUCCUGACUCUGAGGCUCCUGAUUUAGCAUAGUCUAUUCGUACCCUUGUGAGUGCUAGCACUAUAUAUAUGUUUUUUUUUUUUCUGCACACGAUGUUACAUGGUCGUAUAUGGUCGCAGAACGCGUCUGUGCACUGUUUACUGUGUUGCACACGUGUGGAACCAUCAUUCAUUUCCGUAUUUUUAUUUCACGCAAUUCAAUGCAUUCUGUUUCGUCUCGCGUUCUAAAGUCAAGGAAUGAUUUUAUGGAGAUGAUUUUCUAGAAACUUUAGAUUCUGCUCUGAAAGCUUCUAGUGAAAAUGCACUGGAACGAGUGUUAUGUGGAAAGGGUAAAUCCUGAUGUUCCCCAUCCGUUCAGUGACUUCCGCACUAUUUUUCUUUGAUGGUGGAAAGCAGUCCCACGUUAUCAUCAUUUCUGUUGAGAGAGGAAAGGUGGAGAGGAAAAGGGUCACACGAAAAAUAAGUUGCCUUCGUCUGCAUCAGGACGUGUCAAACAAUAUUUUUUAGUCAUUCUGCGUAACAAAUUGCUCAACGUGCUUCGGAAUGACCUAAGAUAUUUCGCAUGGUAUUGCUGUUCCUCCAUUAUUCCUGCCUACCUUUCCAUUUAUCGUUGGAAGCAGCACUCCCAUGUAGACGCGCCGCCGUCUGCCAACCCCAUAAUAUCCGUGAACUGGAGCUGACCGGGUGACUUUAUCAGGGAGAUGUCAGCGGAAGAGAGCAAGGGGGAAAACACACACCAAGAAGAUAUCGCGGAAGAAACACCAAUAGUACCCGAACGACGCUGGAAGAAGCGACGUAAGACUUGUUGGAAAACGGAAAGAAGGGUGUGCAAAGCGAUGCACGCUUCUGCUUGCUAGCAGACGACAGACGCAGAUGACAUAUUGCGCAACGAGCGGACGGAAACUUUCCUAGUCGAAUGGCAAACGCGGGAAGACGUGACGUAAGACGCAGAUGGUCACGUGUCUCAACUUUGACGUUGCUCUUUUCACACCCGCGUAUCCGCCGCUAUCUCGCCCGAUGAAGCCGCUCGUGCGGAUACCCCAUCAAUGUAUGUAAUGAUGUCCUACGAAUGGUUUUAUGUUCAUUGUUGUCGAGGUCGAUAUCUGAACGCUUUCGUGGAGAGCUUCUAGCGGUACAGCACGGCAGUCACGCAUGGUGUUACCCAUUACUAUAUCGUCACUAACGCUUAGCGAACUAUCGCACAUGUGUGACGCACCCAUAAAAAAUGUUUUUUUUUAUUUUUUACGUUCAUGAAUUUGAGUUGUAUGUAGCACACGUCACGUGGCUUGAACCCGUCACUUUCACUUCGGCACCCGCUUGCAACUUCAAGUUUCUCCCUCGGGCUUGAAGACUCACGGUUGUCGCCACAACUCUCUCAAAUAUAAUUGGUUCCUAUAGAAACGUAAUUUUUGUAUAAAUUCUGCGCAAGGUUUAUUGUAAUAUUUUUAGCAGUAAUAUUAUUUUUAAACGCGAUGUGGUCAGCGUCUUGUCCCAUCCCCAGUCUACAAUAGAAGAGUCUAUUGUAAACAUUUGAGAUUGGUAGUAAUCGAUUGCACGCUAUUGAGGACCUUCAAUAAAAGAAAUACAGGCAAAGAAGAAAAAAAAACUGUGUUGGGGGAAAAGUUGACGGAAAAUGCACACGAUUUCCCGCUUCAGGCACCUGCUGCAAUUGAAGCCUGCAAGGGCAUUCCUAUAAUUUCACACAAAGUACCUAACACGUCUUGCAGUGUCACUGUCAUGUUCGCCGGUUGCACGUGUCGUUUAUAUCGUCCGUCGCAUUUUUCGCAAGCUGCUGUUUCAAUGUUCUUGGCUGUGUGAGGUUGUAAAUAGAAGUGUAAAUAAAUUGUGAGGUUCUAUGUGAAAAGGCACCAUGUGAUACAUGUUACUGAAUGUGACGCUCUCAGAGAUUUUGAAUGACAAACGUUAAAGAGGUUGCAGUUGCAAUAAACUAAAGGUGAAUUAAAUUAUGAAAUUAUCCAUAUUUUGUCGCGGUGUAUGUAAAUGUAUGUUAAUAAAACGUGAAAAAAGA